AUGGAUAACGAAAUGUUAAUUACCAAUCAGCCGAUUGUUAUUGAUAAUGGCUCGGGAGUAAUUAAAGCCGGUUUUGCCGGUGAUCCAACUCCGAAAAUAAACUUUCCAAAUUAUGUUGGUCGUCCGAAGCAUGUUCGUGUUAUGGCUGGUGGUCUUGAAGGAGAUACAUUUAUUGGACCUAAAGCUGAAGAAUAUCGAGGACUUUUACACAUUGCUCAUCCUAUGGAACAUGGGAUUGUUGAAGAUUGGAAUGAUAUGGAAAAAAUUUGGAGUUACAUCUAUUCAAAACAUCAAUUAAGAUCAGCUUCUGAAGAGCAUCCUGUGUUAUUAACAGAAGCUCCAUUAAAUCCAAGAAAAAAUCGUGAAAAAGCAGCAGAAAUAUUUUUUGAAACAUUCAAUGUUCCAGCUUUAUACAUCUCUAUGCAAGCGGUUCUUAGUUUAUAUGCAAGCGGGCGAACAACAGGUGUUGUACUUGACUCAGGCGAUGGUGUUACUCAUGCAGUACCCAUUUAUGAAGGAUUUGCGAUGCCGCAUAGUAUUCUUCGAAAUGAUGUAGCUGGUCGUGAUGUUACACGUUAUUUAAAAUUACUGUUAAGAAAGGAAGGUUAUUCAUUUAAAACAACAGCUGAAUUUGAAAUUGUUAAAAGUAUCAAAGAACGCGCAUGUUUUCUAACUACAGCAAUACAAAAAGAAGAAACAAAUCAAGCAGAUAAAUCUAAAUUUACACUUCCUGAUGGGACAUCUAUUGAUCUUGGUUCAAGUCGUCAUCUAGCCCCUGAAGUUUUAUUUAAUCCCGAAUUAAUUGGCGAUGAAUGUGAAGGUAUGCAUGAAAUUCUAUCAGGUUCAAUUCAACGAUCGGACAUGGAUGUUCGACGUAUUCUUUAUCAAAAUAUUGUCUUAUCUGGCGGUUCAACAUUAUUUCGAGGUUUCGGUGAUCGUUUACUUAGUGAAUUAAAACGUAUUGCACCAAAAGAAGUUAAAAUAAAAAUUUCCGCGCCUCGUGAACGGCUUUAUUCAACAUGGAUUGGGGGUUCAAUAUUAGCAUCGCUUGAUACAUUCAAAAAAAUCUGGGUUACAAAACGUGAAUAUGAUGCAGAAGGUGCUCGAAUGACUGAAAAAUUAACACAACGUCGUCGGCAAAAUGAUAAUAAACAUCCAUCGAAUUUAAAUAACGACCAAAUCAAUGAAAAGGUCGUUGCAGCUACAAAAAAACGAAAGCCAACUCGUAACAAUGCAUCACCGAAGGAAUCGUUCUUACUGAAAAUAAAAUCUCCAAUACGAUUAUCUAUAUUUUUGAUUAUGAGUAUUGUAGUUUUAUUCUAUCUAUGUAAAAUAUUAAUAGGAUUUGUUUCUACUGAGCAUACAAAUGUUCCGAUUAAUUUACCGAAACUUGUUAAUAUUAAUGAGGCAACACCGGAUAGAUUCUGGGGAACGUAUAGAUCGAAUUUAUAUUUUGGUUUAAAACAUCAAAGUUCAAAAUCAUUAAGUGUAGGAUUUAUGUGGUUUGAUUAUGGUACAUUACAAAGAUCCAAUGAUCGAUUUCUUAGACAUGGGUGUGAUCAAAAUGAUCAGUUAAAAUAUGGAUGGACAUAUCAUGAUGGUGAAAGAUUUGGAAUUGAAGAUAUUAAAGAUAAUAAUCUUGAUUUAAAUAUUCAAUGGAUAAAACAAUUGAGUGGACAACAUGGAGGAGAUUGGACAACGCGAAUCAAUGUUACUCCAAAAUCCGUCGGUAGUACCAUACCAAUAUCUUUAUUCUUCUAUUUUCAUCAUGAACAUCCAUGGAUAAAAGAAGUGAAAUCUAUAUCGAAGCAAUCGCCUGAUACUGUAACUAUCCGUGGCCAAACAAAUGAAUUGGAUAAAUUCAGCAUUAAAAUUCACUUGAAUACAUUAUCUCAACAACCAGUUGUUCGUACAUUAACAGAUGUCUUUCGAUUAGAUACAAUUCAUCGUGAUAUUCUAACAAAAUUAACAUCAAACCCACCUAAACAACCAUUUUUUAUAUUAGCCGAUCAAACAUUAAAAGAUUCCGAACCGAACACAUUUUUUAUUCAAAUAACUCUUCGACAACCAGUCGUCGAUGAAGCAUUUUCAUUCGAUAUUAUCUAUCAAUCAGAAUCAUCAGAUCGCGAACGUGAACAAGAUUUAACUGGCUUAUAUUUCAAUGACGAACUUGUUCGAUUACAAAAACAAUUCGAUCAACGUUUUGAAACUAUAUUUCAAUUAAAAACAAAGCAGAAUAUGGACGAAACAAAAAUAAAUUUUGCUCGGUCAACAUUAAGUAAUCUCAUUGGUGGAAUUUCUUAUUUUACCGGCCAAUCAUUAGUAGCAAAGCCAGGUCAAAAAACACCUGAUCAAUAUUUUACAACAAGUUUAUAUACAGCUGUACCAUCACGUUCAUUUUUUCCGCGCGGUUUCCUUUGGGAUGAAGGUUUUCAUAAUCUUCUUAUUGCCCGAUGGAAUCAAAAUAUCACUAUUGAUAUUCUUAAGCAUUGGUUUGACAUGCUAAACGACAACGGAUGGAUACCUCGAGAAAUAAUUCUCGGUGAUGAAGCUCGUGCUCGCGUUCCAUCGGAAUUCGUCAUUCAACAUACCAAUAAUGCCAAUCCUCCAACAUUCUUCUUAACGAUUGAUUAUUUGUUAAAAACAAAUCAAGCUAAUCAUCUUUUUACAUUACCAUUUAUUCAACGAUUAGAAAAAUGGUAUCAAUGGUAUAAUCGUACUCAAGUGGGCCCUACGCCAUUUACGUUUCGUUGGCGUGGUCGAAAUGCUUCAUCAAUCUAUGAACUUAAUCCAAAAACGUUAACAAGUGGCUUAGACGAUUAUCCACGUGCAUCACACCCGACUGAUUCUGAACGUCAUUUAGAUUUACGCUGUUGGAUGACAUUAGCUUCGAGCAUUAUCGGCAAACUUUAUUCGAUAUUAAAUAAUGAAAAAACGAAUCAAUAUUUAGCUUAUGCACAAUUACUUUCAAAUAAUGAUUUACUUGAUCAAUUACAUUGGUCGGACGAAUAUGAAAUGUAUGCCGAUUAUGGUUUACAUACAGAUUAUGUUCAAUUAGAACGUGUACCAAUACCGAAAAAAUCACCUUCACAACAAUAUCAACAAACGCAUAUUAUUCGACAAGUAACAAAAGAUUCCGAUGUUAAUUUCAAAUACGUCAAACAUUUUGGUUACGUUUCAUUGUUUCCAUUAAUGACACGUGUUUUAAAUCCGCAUUCAAAUAAACUUGAUAAGAUUUUGAAUGAUUUAAAAAAUUCAACUUUACUAUGGACGCCCUAUGGUCUUCGAUCACUAGCACGAUCAAGUUCUUUAUACGGAAUGAGAAAUACUGAACACGAUCCACCGUAUUGGAGAGGUGCUAUAUGGAUAAAUAUGAAUUAUAUGGUUCUAUCGGCUUUACAACAUUAUGCAAAAAUUUCUGGUCCCUAUUCGGAUAAAGCUCAAGAUAUUUAUAAACAAUUACGUACAAAUCUUCUCAAGAAUAUGUUACGUGUUUACGAGAAAACAGGUCACGUUUGGGAACAAUAUGAUGACAAAACUGGAAAUGGAAAAGGUAGUCAUCCAUUUACUGGAUGGUCAUCAUUGAUUGUUUUGAUCAUGUCGGAAUUAGAAUCUUCAGCAAAGAAAUUUUUUAACCAGGACGUUCCUCUUAAACGCUUCACCAAAUGA